AUAAAAAAUACAUGCAGGAUUAAUUCUUAUUAUUUAGUAGAACCAUGACGUCGCCAUUUUCUCUGACAGCAGAGGAACAGAAAAUGUUGGAGAAGGAUUACAAAAAACCUAAAUCUGGCAAAAAAUUUGGAACUUCACCCAAGAAUUCGCCAAAACAAAGGUCAGAUCUUCACGAAAAAGGGACGAUUGCAUCCCGGAACAAGACGAGAAUGUCCGAGGAUAUCGCAAAGUUCUUAUGUGGAGAGGAUAAGGAUGAAUCUGAGAAGGAUGAAGAUAUCCUGAAAAGGACAAGUGAAAAUGUUCCUCUAUCAACCAUUAUAAAUAGCACAAGAAAGAUGUUCCUGCUCCAGUACGGAUUAAACGUGAAAGUUGGAGAGAAGACAAGAUUAGACUCAACAUUAACGGAGUUUAUGGAGGCUGAAGAGUCCCGACUACGACGGGAGGAGGCAGAACUAAAACAUUCUGAGCAAUGUUUCGAUUUAUUUCUUCAGGAAUUUUAUUCAACGUUCAACUCUCUCUUGACAGGCCUAUAA